AUUCCCACACACACGCACCCACGCGCGCGCAUAUUGGCUCUUUCAAAUCCCCUUUUAAAUCCCUUUGCAGGUUCGCUCAGACUGAAGUUUAUUGGGAUCAUGGACGACCAGCCCCCUGCAGUCACCGAGCAAAAGGAGGACCCCAGACUCGCUCUGCCGGAGGAGUUCCCUCUCCUCUCGGCCCAGGACCCGGUUCUUGUGGCCUACGUGAAGUGGAGACUCCUUCAGCCGCCUGCCGUAGGGGACUACAGCCUCUCGCAGCCCGACAGGAAGCACUUCUCGCAGUACACGCAGAGUCGGAUCGCCAGUCGCCUCCUCCAAGGAUUGGACAAAGGUUUCUUCCUGGAAGCAGGAGCGCUGGACGGAGAGGACAAGAGCAACACCCUGUACUUCGAGAGGGAGCUCUCCUGGACGGGCCUCCUCGUGGAGCCGGACCCUUCGCAGUACCGAACGCUGGUCUCGAAGAAGCGGAAGGCCUUCUCCAUCAACGCUGCCUUCUCGCUGUCCAAUGCGUCGGAUAUCGUAAAAUUUGUGCCCAAAGGAGGACUUGGCCACCUUGCACCGGGCGGAAAGAAAGGGAUUCGUGUUAAGACGGUUCCCAUAUCCACUAUAUUGCGAGCUCUUGACGUCACUCAGAUCGACUUCUUUUCCUUGGACAUCGAGGGAGCGAGCUGA